AUGGCGGAACCUGCAACGGAAAAGAAGACAUCAUCAUCAUCAUUGAUGAUUCCAGACUGGACUAAGCUCCCUGAAGAGCUACUUGAGUGUAUCACCGAGAAACUCGACAACUGUUUCGACGUAGUUCAUGCUCGCUCUGUUUGCAGCUCGUGGCGAUCCACAUUUCCCUUUCCUUCUCGCCUGCUAAGCGCACGUUACUCUCUUCCCACCUAUCCUAUCGAAAAGGUAGGCUUGUGCUCUCUCGAGAAGACCCCUUUGGUUCUCUUCAGAGUCCCAGUUCCUGCUGCUAAGCCGGCUUCUGAGCUUUUCGUGGGAGGGAUAAGCCGUAGAGUUGAGUCAGAGGAUCAAACAGAGCUUCCAUCUCCUCUUCAGUGUUCAGUGAGAGUGAAGAUUGGAAGAUCUUAUCCAGCCUUGAUGAACAAGAACACGGUAGGCUGCCAAAUCCUCUCUCUAGGGCAUCAGUACAGAGUGAUAAAAUGGAAUCCUGAGGGAAAGAAAAAAACUUUCAAAACUGUGGAGUUUCUUCCGCGAGGAGAAGGAGAGUUCGUCGUGCUCCGCAGCCGCAAUUGGAGGCUGUUGGUGUUCACAAGCGCUGAUAGGAAGUGGUUCGACCUUGAGGGCGUGGGCGUCCCAGAUGAUAGUACAUGCACAGGGUUAGUCACUUUCAGAGGCAGGUUUUAUGCAAUGUUUGUGAACAAACAAGUUUUCGUUAUCGAUCCGGAUUCGCUUCAAGCGACUUGCUUGAUCACCUUGGAGCCUCUGAGCGGUAACAACUAUCUAAGUUAUCUAGUUCCAUCUGGCAAUGAAGAACUUUUCCUGGUUGAGAAAACCAGCCCCACGCCUAAUGGUAAGUAUACAUGUAGAGUGAGCAGGCUUGAUGAGGAUGGUCUUAGAUGGGUGGAGGUCACUGAUUUGGGAGACAGAGUCUUGUUUGUUGGACGGUUCUUGAGUUUCUCAUGCUUGGCCAAGGAGUUUCCUGAUGGUUGUGGUGUGAGUGGGGACUCCAUUCUCUUCACCAAGAACCGGGGAAGAACCAUACCCUUCUUCUUUAAAUAUGGACUACCUGCAGAUGCGAAAGAAGGCGUUAUUGGUAUCGCUAUUGCAGAGUCGCCAUCUCCGUCGUGCCUCAGCUCCGAACUCAAUUCCUUGAAAUCCAACGGAAUCAAGAAAAACAUGGCAGAACCUGCAACGAAGAAGAAGACAUCAUCAUCAUCGAUGAUUCCAGACUGGACUAAGCUCCCUGAAGAGCUACUUGAGUUAAUCACCGAGAAACUUAACAACUGUUUCGACGUCGUUCACGCUCGCUCUGUUUGCAGCUCUUGGCGAUCCACAUUUCCAUUUCCUUGUAGCCUGUUAAGCGCAAGCUACUCUCUUCCCACCUAUCCUAUCGAAAAGGUAGGCUUGUGCUCUCUGGAGAAGAUCCCUUUGCUUCUCUUCAGAGUUCCUGCUGCUAGGUCGGCUUCUGAGUUUUACGUCGGAGGGAUAAGCCGUAGAGAUGAGUCAGAGGAUCAAACAGAGCUUCCAUCUCCUCUUCAGUGUUCAGUGAGAGUGAAGAUUAAAAAACCUGAUCCAACCUUGAUGAAGACGGUAGGCUGCAAGAUCCUCUCUCUAGGGCAUCAGUACAGAUUGAUAAACUGGGAUCCUGAGGGAGUGAAAACAACUUUGAAAACUGUGGAGUUUCUUCCGCGGAACAAGGACGGAGAAGGAGAGUUCGUUGUGCUUCGCCGCUGCCAGAGAAGGUUGUUGGUGUUAACAAGCGUUGAUAGGAAGUGGUUCGACCUUGAGGGCGUCCCAGAUAAUACAUGCGCGGGGUUACUCACUUUCAGAGGCAGGUUUUAUGCAGUGUUUGUGAACAAUCAGGUUUUCGUUAUCGAUCCGGAUUCGCUUCAAGCGACUGGCCUCAUCACCUUGGAGCCUCUGAGCGGUAACACCUAUGUAAGUUAUCUGGUUCCAUCCGGCAGUGACGAGCUUUUCCUGGUUGAGAAAACCAGCCCCACGCCUAAUGGUAAGUAUACAUGUAGAGUGAGCAGGCUUGAUGAGGAUGGUCUUAGAUGGGUGGAGGUGACUGAUUUAGGGAACCGAGUCUUGUUUGUUGGAAGCUCUUUGAGUUUCUCAUGCUCGGCAAAGGAGUUUACUGAUGGUUGUGGUGUGAGUGGGGACUCCAUUUUCUUCACCAAGAUCGAGCAAGGAAACAAACUCUUCUUUUUUAAAUAUGGACUACCCGCAGAUGCGAAAGGAGGCGUCGUGAGUGGUUGGAAUAUCUCGAAAGCAAGUUGUGUGAAGACACUUGAUUCGUCGAUUUUGGCUCUCAGGAUUAAGAGGUUUAGGCCUUAA